AUGAGAUUAAAAGCAGCACUUCAUGCAGCAUGUGGUAAAAUUUGUGAACAAUUACAAACACAAUCAAAUGUUACUGUAGACAAACAAGUCGUAGCUGCUAUUGGUGAUGUCACAUUUCAACAAAUCGAAACAUUUUGUCAAGAUCUUGAUGCAUUUUCAAAACAUGGUAAACGAAUGACAAUUAAUGUAGAUGAUGUACGUCUUCUUUGCCGUCGUAAUCCUGGUCUUCUCGAUAAGCUUGAUGAUUUUCAACGUUCAUUAAAACCAAUGAAAGCAACAAGUCGAUCGACAAGUAGUCGAAGUAAUAUAUCGUCUCGAUAUGAUGAUCAUAAUGUUGAUAUAACUGUCGUUGAAUCAUCAUCAGAUAUGGAUGACAUAAAUUGA